UUUAUCGCUCGCAGCCGCUUUGUUUUGCGAGGGACGCGUUGCCCCGCGUUCUGUGACUACACACACAAAAACGUCGAAAAGUAUAGAAAGCAAAUGAAGAAGUAACAAAAUCGGCGUACAAAAUCUCUAAUUUAUAAUUUAUCUUAAAAGUUAAAGUUAAAGUUCUUAUAAUAAACUUCGUAGCUUAUAUAAGCACACAGAUUUGUAAACAAUGCCUAUACAGUUGGAUAAAAUAUUGGCUGAUAUAGCUGAGGAAAAAGUGCUGCAUCCAAAUUAUCCGCCAGCAGGCAAAAAAGACGUAGAUGAUGCCUGGGCGCGCGUAGGCAAAAAUAAUAAAUUAUCGGUACACGAGGCACGGUCAAUAUUCAAAGUACUGCAAAAGAAGUAUGAACAGGAGAAGACCAAACGCACACCGUCAUGGAAACUAUUUGAUCUAAUGGAAAAAAUACAUCAACCAAUGAAAGAUGAAGAUACAAAGCAAGAAGAUGAUGGCAUGGUGUCUAUGGAAGAGGAUGAAGAAUAUGAGAUGCUUGAGGUACAAGAAGAGGAAGAGCCAGCAACUGCACAAGGAAAGUUACCUUCGACAUCAGAUGGCGAAAGCCCUUCAAAAGGUGUGAAAUCUGGAGGCUCUAACGAAACAACGCCAGAGAAAGAAUCGAAACCAUUGUUAAAAACGGCUGUUAAAUCCGCGGCUACUGCUACCACUUCCAACAAAGCUUCAUGCCCAGCGGCUGAGGAGAAAAAAUUAUUGAAUUCGUUAGCUCCUUCAUCGCGUCCAACAUUAAACGCUGGUGUUAAUUCCACGCCUACAUCGAAUACGUCAACAGCUGCAACGGCUGCUGCACUACACAAAAAAGGAAUAACCAUGAAGAAAACUUCAUCAGCUGCUACAACCGGGACUACAGCUAGCGGAACACCGCGCGCAACCCAAGCCACCAGCAGCAACGCACAAUCCAAAAACGCGACUAUACGAGUAGCAGGUCAGGUAUUGGGAGUCGGCGAAACUAUACAAUUGCCUGAAUCAAUUAAACGUAAAUUGGUCGAAACACAGCCUGGACCACAACCUACUAAAAAAGCAAACAAUGCUGCACAGUCAUCUGCGACAGCGUCGCCUGUUCAGUCAGCUGCAACAACAACAGCUGCCAGAAAUUCUCCAAGUGUUAGCAGCGGCAACACUAGUGCUACUUUACAAGAGAGUACACUCGCUUUAAAUAAUAAUGUACAAUCGGUCAAUAUUAAACAGGAACCAAACGACGGAAAUGGUCCGCCCGCUGGGAUAAAUUUAAUUACAAUAACUGGAAAUUCACGUGUUGAAUUGACAAAUGGUGGUGUAGGAGGUGGUCCUUCCUCAUCAACCGCCGCUACUGUAGCAUCCACAUCAACGAAUGGUUAUUCACCACGAUUAGAGGAGAUUGACUUUCGUAAUGACAUUAUUUUUGACGCGGGCAAUGGUCCCAUUAAUGGUACUGUUGCAGGCGCAGUUAAUCAUCCAAAUCAUGCAAAUGCAACUGGUGGUAUUAUUAAUUUAGGAAAUUUCGACAAUUCACUGCCACCAACAUUCUUCAAGAAUCUUUGUAACUCAUCACGUCAUGAAGCUUUGGGUCUUUACGUUGCUAACGUAAUGAAUCGUUUGCGACCGCGAUCGGCUGCAAAACUCGAAUUGGGUAUAUUGCGAGCAAUAAUCGAUGUCCAAAGCGAUGAAUUGGAGCAAUGAAAAGGGGAAACGGUGAUUAAACGGUGAUUAAAAAAAAAAAAAA